GUGACAGCAACAAGCUGAUGAUCCAUGGUACUUCUGAGACACCCCUGUUCGUUGGUAGCCACCCGAUGUGCAGCAUCAGAGAGCAUCUGGGCAUGCAUGAUGAUGCAACUGUGGCACGGUCCUGUCUUACUGCAAUCCUGUAUUACCAUUGCGUUGGUCAUCACAAGCACCUAACAAAGCAGCAUUGUGCGAGCGGGUUGAGGUUCUGACCAAUGACACCUGCUGGCAGGAAUUACUCUCGCCUGCAUUGGGAACAAUCGUUUCUGCCGUCGAGGCCAGACGCCGAGUGGAGUAAAGUAGAGACGGUGUGGGGUGGGAGCCACUCUCGAUCCGCUCUUCAACGGGGUCUACUACAAGUAGUAUACUGCGUACUGUGUAGUUUACGGGAAGUGUUUAGCAGACCAUUUGGGUUGUUGAUAUCAACGCGCCACAAUAUAAAAUCCCACGCAUCAUCAAAAGGUGAGACGGAGGUGUUCCGCCUCGGUUAGGCGCUGUGCGCCACUUGCGUCAUCCUCGGUCCGACCCUUAGCCAG